AUGACGCCGAAGAAGAAGAUCGCUGUCAUGACCUCUGGUGGUGACUCCCCAGGCAUGAACGCAGUGGUCCGCGCCGUGGUCCGUAUGGCCAUCCACCUGGGGUGCGACGCCUAUUGCGUCUACGAAGGUUACCAGGGACUUGUCACCGGUGACAUCCGCCAGACCGAAUGGAACGAUGUGCGAGGCUAUCUCUCGGAGGGUGGCACACUUAUCGGAACUGCCAGAUGUAUGGAGUUUUACGAGCGACCCGGCCGACUCCUUGCCGCCAAGCACAUGAUCCUGAAGGGCAUCGAUGCUCUGGCCAUCUGCGGUGGUGAUGGCUCCCUAACAGGUGCAGACAAGUUCCGGUCGGAGUGGCCUUCCUUGGUCGAUGAGCUCGUCUCCAAAGGCGAGCUCAAGGAGGAGCAAGUUGCUCCUUACAGACACUUGAACAUUGUCGGUCUUGUUGGAUCCAUUGACAAUGACCUUUCUGGUACCGACAACACAAUUGGUGCCGCUUCAGCUCUAUCUCGCAUCUGCGAGAUGGUAGACUACAUCGAGGCGACUGCAAGUUCUCACCAACGUGCGUUUGUUAUCGAGGUCAUGGGCCGCCACUGUGGUUACCUAGCUUUGAUGGCUGGUGUAGCUACAGGUGCGGAUUUCAUCUUCAUUCCCGAAAAGCCCCGAGAGGACAACUGGCAAGAGGAUAUGGUCAAGAUUGUUAAAAAGCACCGAGAGCUCGGAAAGCGAAAGACGAUCGUUAUUAUUGCCGAAGGUGCCAAAGACAGGCAUGGCGCGAAGAUCUCAUCCGAGAUGGUUGUGAAUCUUCUUAAGGACCCCAACGGUCUUAAGCUGGAUACUCGUGCCACUAUCCUUGGCCAUGUUCAGCGUGGUGGCCCUGCAGUCGCACAGGACCGUAUUCUAGCAACAUUGCAAGGUGUCGAGGCUGUCAAGACCUUGCUCGAAGCUACACCAGAGUCGGAAACCUGCUUUAUCGCAAUCAAGGAGAACAAAAUUGUUCGAGAGCCUCUGAUGGAAGCUGUGAAAGCGACACAGGAGGUAGCCAAAGCCAUCGAGGCUCAAGACUUCGCCAAGGCUAUGUCUUUACGAGAUACAGAGUUCGCGGAGAUGUAUAACUGCUACAAUCUCACAACAACUGUUGGGCAGGAUGAAAGUUCCAAACUACCCCAGGACAAGCGUAUGAGAAUUGGCUUCAUAAACGUCGGAGCUCCUGCUGGUGGUAUGAACGCUGCAAUCCGAGCUGGCGUUGCGUACUGCCUGAACCGCGGACAUGAACCCCUCGCUAUCUAUAAUGGUUUUGCAGGCUACGUGCGACACCAUGAUGAUGAAGUUGGCGCAGUCCGACCGUUCGAUUGGGUGGACGUAGACGACUGGGGCCGCAAGGGAGGUUCGGAGAUAGGAACAAAUCGUGAACUUCCCGAAGAGUCUGGCAUGAAGGAAGUCGCCGGCUACAUCAAGAAGGACAAGUUCGACGCGCUCUUCCUCAUCGGUGGUUUUGAAGCAUACCACGCACUGUCCCAAUUACGCAAAGCCAGGAGUCAAUAUCCUGAGCUUCGCAUUCCGCUCGUACUCUUGCCAGCAACUAUUUCCAACAACGUUCCUGGAUCAGAGUAUUCGCUCGGAACAGACACCUGCCUGAACGAACUGGUUGAGUUUUGCGAUAAGAUUAAACAAUCUGCAUCCGCCACCAGAAGACGCGUAUUCGUCAUUGAAACUCAAGGUGGCCGAUCUGGUUACAUUGCCGUCUUAGCAAGCUUGGGUGUGGGUGCCAGUGCUGUUUAUAUUCCCGAAGAAGGUAUCAGCUUGAGCAUGGUCGUUGGUGACAUCAACCACUUGAAAGAAGUCUUCAAACAUGACAAGGGACAAUCCCGUGCCGGCCGUUUGAUCCUGGUCAACGAGAAGGCUGACAAAUUAUUGUCAGCCAAACUGAUCGCGGAUCUAAUUCGUCAUGAAUCUGAAGAUCGUUUUGAGGCUCGUGACAGCAUUCCCGGUCACGUCCAGCAAGGUGGUGUGCCCUCGCCCUUGGACAGGCAUAGAGCUGUGAGACUUGCAAUCAGAUGCAUGCAACAUCUUGAGAAAUUUGGUCCCAGAUCUUCAAGUACCCUGAUGAACGACGCUCAAAAUGCAUCUGUCAUCGGUAUUCAGGGUGCGGCAGUCGUGUUUACUCCGGUUGUGACCCUAGAACAGAAGGACACUGAUUGGAAGAACCGCCGCCCCCUCAGUGCCCACUGGCGUGAUAUGAAGGAGAUUUCUGAUAUACUCGGCGGGCGGCCGAAAUAUGAAAAGCCACAAGAAGCCCUCCAUGGUGCCACUGCCAAAGAUGUGAAGCGUGGGCUGAUCCCGGAGAACUAG